AUGGUAACUAGAACACCUUUCGAUCCGGCGGUCUUUCUUGUUGCAGGGAUGCAAUGGGGAGAUGAAGGAAAGGGAAAGGCAGUCGCGGCCUUUGCCAAAGAUGUUGACAUAAUCGCAAAAUACAACGGCGGACAUAAUGCUGGGCAUGAAAUUGUCUUGAAUGGCAAACAAUACAAGCUGCAUCUCCUUCCUAGUGGAUCGGUAUACCCGUACACAACCAACGUCUUGGGUCAUGGUAUGGUUAUCCAUUUAUCAAGCCUAUUAAAGGAAAUUGAAAUGUUGCGGGGUAAUGGCAUCGAAGUUAUGGAUAGGCUGCUCAUAUCGGAUCGUGCGCAUCUACUUUUGGAUGCCCAUAUUGAGAUUGAUCGCAAUAUGGAAAAAGCCAGAAAGGCCGCCGGAGGUGAAAUAGGGACGACCUUGCGCGGGAUUGGACCUUGUCAUGCUACCAGGUCGUCGAGGACUGGUGUGCUGAUGGGAUCCUUACUUCAUUGGGAUUUCUUUAAGAAAUCUGUCAUGGAUAUCUACAAAAUUCACACCGAUCCGGAAACGUCGGAAAAAAUGGCUACAGAAGAAAUCGAAAGGCAUGCAACACUUUACAAGAUAUUUUCAAGAUGUAUUUGUGAUACGGGAUACUUCAUCAGCGAAGCCAUAAGGGCUGGGAAACGAGUAUUACUAGAAGGCGCAAAUGGAUCUUUGUUGGAUAUCAACAUGGGCACUUACCCGUUUGUUACUUCGUCCAUCACACUGGCUUGUGGAUCGUAUGUUGGACUUGGGGUGCCAUUAAGUUCCCCAAUGUUCAGAAUUGGUAUUCUUAAGUGCUACCAGACGCGAGUGGGUAUGGGCCCCUUUCCUACUGAAUUCUUCGACGAAAAUUAUGAACACAUCCAAAAGGAUGGCACCGAAAUAGGUGUGUCCACAUGCAGAGUGAGGAGGUGUGGGUGGCUGGAUUUGGUUGCUGCAAGAUAUAUCCAGAGGCUGAACUGUUUUCAUGCCGUUUAUCUCACAAAAUUGGACGUCCUCACAGGACUUAAAGAAAUAAAAGUGUGCGUAGACUACCGAAAUAAGAGAACAAACGACCUUUUGGAGAGGGGGCGCUUUCCGGCAACCACUGCAAUGCUGGAUGAGUAUGAACCCGUGUAUAAAACCUUCCCCAGCUGGGAAAGUGAUAUUUCCAAUGUGGAUACGUAUGACAAAUUGCCUGAAAAUGCUCGUACGUACGUGGAGUUUGUGGAAGAGGAAUUAGGCGCCUUCAUUCAAUGGAUUGGCGUCGGUCAAGACGUCAAAAGUACGAUAGUCAGGUCGUGA